AUGUCUAAGCCCCUGGAGGCCGAGAAGCAAGGUCUGGACUCUCCAUCAGAGCACACAGACACUGAAAGAAAUGGACCAGACACUAACCAUCAGAACCCCCAGAAUAAGACCUCCCCAUUCUCGGUGUCCCCGACUGGCCCCAGUACCAAGGUGGGCAUUCUCUCUGGCCUCCACUUAACAUUCUGGGGUCCCGGACCCUGCCUCUCUCCCCCCCAGAUCAAGGCUGAAGACCCCAGCGGCGACUCAGCCCCAGCAGCACCCCCGCCCCCGCAGCCGGCUCAGCCACACCUGCCCCAGGCCCAACUCAUGUUGACUGGCAGCCAGCUAGCCGGGCUCACGGCGCUGAUGCCGGCUCAGCAGCAGCUCCUCCUGCAGCAAGCGCAGGCCCAGCUCCUGGCCGCCGCCGUGCAGCAGUCCAGCGCCGCCGCCGCCGCCGCCGCCUCCACCUCCUCCUCUUCUUCCUCCUCCUCCUCCUCCGCCUCCUCCUCGACCUCGCAGCCCCCAGCCUCCUCCUCCUCCGGGGGAGGCGACCUGCCACCACCACAGUCUGCCAGCCAGCCCCCGGGGACCCCACAGCUUACCCUGUCCCAGCCCAUCCAGCUCACAGCACAGGACAUCCAGCAGCUCCUCCAGCUCCAGCAGCUGGUGCUUGUGCCAGGCCACCACCUCCAACCACCUGCUCAGUUCCUGCUGCCGCAGGCCCAGCAGAGUCAGCCAGGCCUGCUACCAACGCCAAAUCUAUUCCAGCUACCUCAGCAAACCCAGGGAGCUCUUCUGACCUCCCAGCCCCGGGCAGGGCUGCCCACACAGCCCCCCAAAUGCUUGGAGCCACCAUCCCAUCCCGAGGAGCCCAGUGAUCUGGAGGAGCUGGAGCAGUUCGCUCGCACCUUCAAGCAACGCCGCAUUAAGCUGGGUUUCACACAGGGUGAUGUGGGCCUGGCCAUGGGCAAGCUCUAUGGCAACGACUUCAGCCAGACGACCAUUUCCCGCUUCGAGGCCCUCAACCUGAGCUUCAAGAACAUGUGCAAACUCAAGCCCCUCCUGGAGAAGUGGCUCAAUGACGCAGAGACUAUGUCUGUGGACUCAAGCCUGCCCAGCCCUAACCAGCUGAGCAGCCCCAGCCUGGGUUUCGACGGGCUCCCCGGACGGAGACGCAAGAAGAGGACCAGCAUCGAGACAAACGUCCGCUUCGCCUUAGAGAAGAGUUUUCUAGCGAACCAGAAGCCUACCUCAGAGGAGAUCCUGCUGAUCGCAGAGCAGCUGCACAUGGAGAAGGAAGUAAUCCGCGUCUGGUUCUGCAACCGGCGCCAGAAGGAGAAACGCAUCAACCCCUGCAGCGCGGCCCCCAUGCUGCCCAGCCCGGGCAAGCCGGCCAGCUACAGCCCCCACCUGGUCACACCGCAAGGGGGCGCCGGGACCCUGCCAUUGUCCCAAGCUUCCAGCAGUCUGAGCACAACAGUUACUACCUUAUCCUCAGCUGUGGGGACACUCCACCCCAGCCGGACAGCUGGAGGGGGUGGGGCCGGGGGCGGGGCCGCGCCCCCCCUCAAUUCCAUCCCCUCUGUCACCCCCCCACCCCCGGCCACCACCAACAGCACAAAUCCCAGCCCUCAAGGCAGCCACUCGGCCAUCGGCUUGUCGGGCCUGAGCCCCAGCACGGGAAGCACAAUGGUGGGGUUGAGCUCCGGGCUGAGUCCAGCCCUCAUGAGCAACAACCCUUUGGCCACUAUCCAAGCCCUGGCCUCUGGUGGAACCCUGCCCCUUACCAGCCUUGACAGCAGCGGGAACCUGGUGCUGGGGGCGGCUGGCGCAGCCCCAGGGAGCCCAGGCCUGGUGACCUCACCACUCUUCUUGAACCACGCUGGGCUGCCCCUGCUCAGCGCCCCGCCUGGCGUGGGCCUGGUCUCGGCAGCUGCUGCGGCCGUGGCAGCCUCCAUCUCCAGCAAGUCUCCUGGCCUCUCCUCGUCCUCCUCCUCGUCCUCCUCUACCUGCAGUGAGACGGCAGCACAGACCCCUGGAGGCCCAGGGGGACCCGAGGUAGGGUCCAAGCCCGAGUGA